CGCAAUUCUUUGACAUUUAAAAAGGCAAAGUUACUUUUAUGAAUCAAACCCGUAGUUCAAUCUCUGAAUCCUGCAUACAUACGUACUGGGCAGAUCACUUCUCCCCAACAGACCCAUCACCUUCAGUAAUAUUCUCCCCUUUGUUGCUCUCGCAAUGGCGCUAUCUAAGGACGCACUUGAAAAUACUUCAGAAUUCGUCAAAGGAGCGUCUAGUGCCCAUGAUGAUGAUGUCAAUCUCUCCGCUUUGAGUACAGAUGAGAGGGAUAUGCUCCGAAUGGGAAAGCUGCAACAAACAAGAAGAAACUUCGGGCUACUCCCAUUACUCGGCUUCACAACCAUCAUGUUGAACUCCUGGGAAUCCGUGUUUCCGUUCUUCCUGGUGACUGGGUUCCUAAAUGGUGGCGGACCGACACUAAUCUACGGCUAUAUUUUCUGCUUCUUUGGGUCCUUGACAAUGUGUGCUUCCAUAUCUGAGAUGGCUUCCAUGUACCCGACGUCGGGAGGCCAAUAUCACUGGGCAGCCUUGCUUGCGCCUCCAAAAUGGAGCAAAUUCCUGAGUUGGUUAACAGGUUGGGUGUCCGUACUUGGUUGGCAAGCCGGUUGCGCCUCAGGAACUUUUCUGGGAGGCACAAUUAUUCAAGGACUUCUUGUGCUCAACAACCCCUCGUACGAGUACCAGCGAUGGCACGGAACGCUGAUACUGUACGCUGUGUUACUUGUUAGUGUCUUUGUUAACACAGUAGCCAUUAGAAUCCUCCCAGCCUUGGAAGGGAUUAUUCUGAUCCUUCAUGUGCUCGGGUUUCUGGCAAUUCUGAUACCUCUUGUGCAUCUUGCUCCACAAUCUCCGGCUCAGUUUGUCUUUGCGACAUGGUCCAACGGGUCCGGUUACGAUGAUGGACUAUCUUGGUUUGUCGGAUUACUGACAAGUUCUGUUCUCUUCAUUGGCUUCGACGGAGCGUGCCACAUGGCCGAAGAGGUCAAGGACGCUUCUAUCAAUGUGCCACGGAGCAUGUUCUUUACUAUAUUCCUCAAUGGCGCCCUUGGAUUCGCGAUGAUAAUUGCAAUCCUGUUCUGCAUUGGCGACGUCGACAAUGCUUUGGCAACCCCGACUGGAUAUCCUUUCAUCGAGAUUUUCCGGAAUGCCACGCAAUCGACUGCUGGUGCAACAGCUAUGACUUCCAUAUUGAUCGCAUUAAUAAUUUUUGCAACGUUCGGUUAUGUAGCAUCUGCGUCUCGUCAGUUAUGGGCCUUCGCACGCGACCAAGGCCUCCCCUUUUCGAACGUCAUUGCUAAAGUUGAUGGUCGAUGGGCAAUUCCGCUCUGGUCUAUUGCCUUAACCGCACUGAUUAACUCCUUGUUAGCGUUGAUUAACAUCGGGUCGACCGUGGCCUUUAAUGCAAUUGUUUCGUUGGUGGUUGCCGGUCUCUUCUCAAGCUACGUUAUCACGAUCAGUCUGAUGAUCCGAAAGAGACUCACAGGGGAGGAUAUUCCGUUUGGCCCUUGGAAUAUGGGAAGAUGUGGUCUUGUAGUCAAUGUGUACGCGUUGCUGUACACAAUUAUCGUCACUUUCUUCUCCUUUUUCCCGCCGGCUACUCCGGUAACAGCAAUGACGAUGAAUUGGUCGUGUGUCGUUUAUGGGGGUACCGUCAUCUUCGGGCUCAUAUUCUGGGUGACACGCGGACGCCAUCAAUGGCAGGGACCUCUCAUGGACAGGCACUUUGCUGAGCAAGCGUAA